AUGCAGGAGGGAGGGAGACGAUCCUCGACCUCAUGCAGGAGGGAGGGAGACGAUCCUCGACCUCAUGCAGGAGGGAGGGAGACGAUCCUCGACCUCAUGCAGGAGGGAGGGAGACGAUCCUCGACCUCAUGCAGGAGGGAGGGAGACGAUCCUCGACCUCAUGCAGGAGGGAGGGAGACGAUCCUCGACCUCAUGCAGGAGGGAGGGAGACGAUCCUCGACCUCAUGCAGGAGGGAGGGAGACGAUCCUCGACCUCAUGCAGGAGCACAGGUAAAGUACUGGGCUGCAGGAAGAGGCGUGUGCGGUGCUCGAUAA